GUGACCUUGUCUUCCUUGAGUCGCUUAGGUCCACUGUGUACUCACUGCUCUGCCUGGUAUCAUGGCUGGACGAGCGGCUGUUGACGUGAGAGCGUUUGCCAGCUUUGGUCGGAAGAUUGUAGCUGUUGGACGCAACUACCGAGAACACGCUGCUGAGCUGGGUAACACGGUUCCUACUGUUCCUCUUAUUUUCCUGAAGCCUCCGUCUUCUUAUCUGGGAGAAGGAAAUUCUAUCAUAGUCCCUGAUGGUUGUUCUGAACUUCACCACGAAGUUGAACUGGGCGUCGUUAUUGGUAAACCUGGACGUACAAUUCCUGAAUCACAUGCAAUGGAUCACGUGGCAGGUUAUGCUCUUGCAUUGGACAUGACAGCAAGAGACCUUCAGACAGCUGCAAAGAAGGCCGGUGCCCCAUGGACACUUGCCAAAGGUUAUGACACAUUCUGUCCAAUCAGCAGGUUCAUUACGAAGGAUGAGUUAGCAUGUCCCGAGAACACUCAGCUUUGGUUGAAGGUCGAUGGCACUAUGAAACAGGACGGAAAUACAAAGGACAUGGUAUUUACUAUUCCUCACUUAAUCGGUUAUAUUAGUCGUAUCAUGAGUCUUGAGACUGGUGACCUGAUUCUGACUGGUACACCAUCAGGAGUCGGUCCUGUUGUCUCAGGCCAGACAAUAACAGCUGGUCUUGGAGACAUACUUGAAAUGAAAUUCUCUGUUGCUUAGCAAAUAGCUAU